CUGUCAAUGUCAAAUCAAUUGAACAAAAAGCGAGAAAUACGCCGAGUACCGGCGAUUUGAUUUAAUUAACUAAUUAUUUUCCUCGCGUGCGGACACUUGCGAAGGAAGAAAAUCAUUGAAUUGUCGUGCCCCGUGAUUCAUCAACAAUGGGAAAAUUAGCUUUAAUUUUCCUGGCUUUCGCCGCAACCUGCGCAGCGGACUUCAUUAGAGUACCACUGCACAAAGUAGAGACGGCUCGCGGUCAGCUGGCGGCGGUCGGCACGGAGCUCAACAUGCUCCGCCUGCGUCGCCCAGCCGGACCCACGCCCGAGCCCCUGUCCAAUUAUCUUGAUGCGCAAUACUACGGCCCGAUCUCUAUUGGCACCCCACCGCAGACAUUCCGCGUGGUAUUCGACACCGGAUCCUCGAACCUUUGGGUGCCUUCUAAGAAAUGCCACUACACCAACAUAGCUUGCCUGCUCCACAACAAAUAUGACAGCACCAAGUCAUCUUCGUACGUGGCCAACGGAAAGGAGUUCGCCAUCCACUACGGUUCGGGCUCACUCUCAGGGUUCCUUUCCACCGACACCGUCUCUGUUGGUGGCGUGACGGUGAAGUCUCAGACAUUCGCGGAGGCUCUAUCCGAGCCCGGCCUCGCGUUCGUCGCCGCUAAGUUCGACGGCAUUCUCGGCAUGGCUUUCAGCACUAUCUCCGUGGACCACGUGCUGCCCGUGUUCGACAACAUGGUGGCUCAGAAGCUCGUCGCUCCAGUCUUCUCUUUCUAUCUGAACAGAGAUCCGUCAGCCAAGGUCGGCGGCGAGAUGAUCCUCGGCGGGUCCGACCCUAACCACUACCGCGGCAACAUGACCUACGUGCCCGUCGACAAGGCCGCCUACUGGCAGUUCCACGUGGGCGGCAUCGCCAUUGCCGGACACAAGUUCUGUGAGAAUGGAUGCGAAGCGAUCGCCGACACUGGCACCUCCCUCAUCGGCGGCCCCACAGCUGAGGUCGAAACCCUGAACAAGGCGCUCGGCGCCACUCCUCUCGUAUCUGGACAGUACGUGUUCGACUGCUCGCUGAUCCCCAAGUUACCGCGCGUCACCUUCACCAUCAACGGCGUCGAGUUCCCGCUUGACGGACAGGAUUAUGUGCUGCGAGUAUCCCAGUUCGGCAAAACCGUCUGCCUCUCCGGCUUCAUGGGCCUCGACGUGCCGCCACCGGCCGGCCCCAUCUGGAUCCUCGGCGACGUGUUUAUCGGCCGCUACUACACAGAGUUCGACGUCGCCAACCGUCGUAUCGGGUUCGCGCCCGCUGUCUAAGCCACGGUGUGUUUUGAGUUGACAUUGGUGAUCGAAAUGUGUAGGAAAUCUUAAAAAGUGCAUCAUAACAUGACAUUUUUAUGACAAAUAUGCUCACUUUUGUUACCUUACUGUCACAUAAUAUGUAUGUAGACCACAAUUAUAACUCACGUUAAGUACGAUUCCCACCGAACUGGCGGAGUCGGAGCGCAUUUCACAUUUGUACGGCCGCAAGUCGGCCGGCUCCGGACGGAUUCCAUCGCGUCUGCCAUACAUAAAGUAAAGGCACAUUGAAAAUGCGCUCCGGCGCGGCCCGACUCCAGCCGGUCGGUGGGAAUCGUACAUUAGGAUAUAUUCGCCUCGGUAGAUUUUUCUCAGUGACCAAAUGAGAUUUUGAGAUAUGUUCAAUUUGAGAAUAGAAACAUAACCAAAGUUGAUAUUUAUUCGGCCUCUAGUGAAUCGGUUUAACGUACGAUUAUGCAUAUUGAGUUAUACUUGUGGUUAAUACAUUAUUAUCUAUGUCCUUUUUGAAAUUUAACCAUAAAAUAUUGAUCAGUUGUGAUAGCCAUUAGCGAAAUUACUACCAGUGUUUAAUUAAAAGCUUAAGAAUUAUAUAUUAAACUACAAUAACUUAGUUUGAUUAAGUCAGAGUAGGUAGUUAGGUACACUGAUAAAAUUUUUAUGCUCAGCUGGUUCCAAACAAUUUUUGAGCCAUUCCUGGUUAGUUUUUAAGAUAUUAUGUUUGUUUUUAAUAUCUCUGAUAUGUAGCUCAUUACUACGGACUGACUUGCUCCAACCAAAUAUAAACGAACCAUGACAAUUCAUUCAUUCAUUCAUUUUUCAUUCAAUACAUUAGGUCAGUUUCAAGUGUUUUUACUUUAUCUACGAAAUAAAUAUUUUUGGUUAUUUUAAA